CCCAGUCUAGUCGUGUAUCAUCAUCGCUCAAGCCUACACUCGACAUCAACUUUACACUCGGCUCUGACAGCCAAAUGUCGAGUCCGACAGAUAUUUUCUUACCGCCGACUUUACCAUAUCCUAUAAAAGUCGCAUCUCUUGAUGUCCAGCUCGGAGCUACUGUGCAACGCGGGACCCGGCUAUUGACAUAUUCUUUCGUGUACUCAUCUCCUGCAACCGGCUCAAAGCCAGAAACUCGUUUUGGCACAUGGGACUGCUCAAUUGAAGGAACUGUCGAAUCCUGGAAGGUCAAAUUUGGCGACUCCAUCUCUGCUCAGAAGGCGAAACAGAGACCUAUCAUAUGCAUCACGGAGCCAUGUAAGCACGGCGUUCAGAUUGGAGGACUAUGCGGGCUAUGCGGGAAGGAUAUGACAGAAUUUGAUUACACAGGAUUCUCAGAUGCGUCGCGCGCAUCUAUUCAAAUGACGCAUUCUGCCUUUGGUCCAACAGUCUCUUUGGAGGAAGCUCGGAGGAUAGAGAAGGAAACCGCAGACCACUUACUCAAGUCAAGGAAACUCUCCCUCAUCGUCGAUCUUGACCAAACCAUUGUGCAUGCGACAGUCGACCCAACUGUGGGCGAGUGGAUUGGGGAAGGCGAAGCAUGGGAGGCCAGACAAGCCAAGAAGAGAUCAACUACUCCAAAAGACCCAGGUUCUGACGACGACUCUGACGGGACAGCGUCCGAUGGUGAAGACGAAUGUAAUCCAAACUGGGAAGCUUUGCAAGAUGUACGAAAGUUUCGUCUGGGCCCCGAAUCAUUUGGAAUGGUCUCAGUCCCAAGAGGCUCGCACAAAGGAAAGGGAAAGCAUAAACUAAUCGAGAAUGAAGGAUGCAUGUAUUACAUUAAACCUCGACCGGGAACCCAGGAAUUUCUCCGAAAUAUAUCGACCAAGUAUGAGAUGCAUGUGUACACGAUGGGUACCCGAGCAUAUGCAGAAGAGGUUUGUGCUGCAAUCGACCCUGAUGGUAAAAUCUUUGGAGGACGGAUACUCAGUAGAGAUGAAAGUGGGAGUCUCACACAGAAAAGUCUACAACGUCUAUUUCCUUGCGAUACAUCUAUGGUAGUUAUCAUCGAUGAUCGUGCAGACGUCUGGGAGUGGAGUCCGAACCUUAUCAAAGUCAUCCCGUACGACUUUUUUGUUGGCAUAGGAGACAUCAAUUCUGCCUUCCUACCUAAAAUUGAACCUCUAGCACCCACAGUCCCAUCUCCAUCUCCUGCCAAGCCGCCCUCACCUCCUGUCUCUGACUCCGAAGCCCCAUCACAGCCAACAUCAACACCCGAGGAACGUGAAACAGCUGAAAUGGAAUCGAAGGCGAUGCUAACACGAAAUUCCAUGGCGCUCGAGGCGCAAGUCGAAGAGCGUCCGUUAGCCAAAAAGCAAGAAGCGCUGCUGGAGUCUGACGGCACUGGAUCGAUGUCACCCGGGGAUCAAGUGCCCGCUCAUCCCAAGAACGACGUGAAGGCAGCGGAAAGCCCCAAGGCAGAGAAAGUUCCACGAAAGGCGCUAUUGAAGAACGACGAUGUCGAGCUUCAACGGGUCGGCUAUCUACUUGGAGAGGUCCAUCGUCGCUUCUUUACUUCGUUUGACAACAGAUCGCCAGAGGACCGAGGUAAGAAACGACGGCCAACCCUCACGCGGUCUAAAUCCUAUGACGUGACAAGAAUUAUUCCACAAAUGCGCAUGGACACUCUGCAAGGGGUACAUAUACUAUUUUCCAGUGUGAUACCUCUUGAUACAAAGCCCGAAACAACUGAGAUAUGGAAAAUAGCUUACAUGUUCGGGGCGGAAUGCUAUACUGAGCUAUCCAGUCGAAUCACCCACGUGGUUGCUGCCAAGCAUGGCACUGUCAAGGUGGAUGCCGCGCGGAAGCGGGGGGGAAUCAAGAUUGUGUGGUUAUCUUGGUUCACAGACUCGAUAGCACUGUGGCGUCGACAAGAUGAGACUCCAUAUUUACUGGAUGACCCGUCAGCCGUCGCUCCCAGUUCUAGUCCGAUCCUCGACCCACACCAGAUUUCUUCAGAUCCGGAGCCCGACGCAGACGACUGGGACGUGGAGCCUGCCCCCGCAGGGAGUGCGUCCCUAGAGCUUGACGACAUCGACUGGAACGACAUCAAUGAUGAAGUCGAAGCUGCUAUGAACGAGAGCGACGAUGAAGAUGAUGCUAUGAGUGAGAAGAGUGGCACGAGAAGUGUGUUGACGUCUGAUAACGACGAUACCAUGCCUGACGACACUCGAAGUCAACUAAGUAGUCCGAACACUACCCCUCGGAUGAAACGCAAAAGGCUACGAAGUGUCACACCCUCGGAUGGUGGGACUCUCGGGGUUGGUGACCGGCAGGGCGAUGCGCUCCGUUCUCCCCUUGCUAAGCGCAAGAAGUUAGCCGCAAGUCGAAGUGGGGCGUCCAAGUUGAAAGAGGGUGUUACUGCUGAUGAGUUGGUAGAUACCGAGUCGCUCUCGGAUCGCAGCCGUAAACCAUCACCGUUAAUGCCCAUACCUCUCAAGAGUUUCGAGGAAGGUGCCGAGGAUGAUGAUUAUGCCGAUGAUGGAGACGAUGAAGACGAUGACUGGCUGGCUCAUGAACUGGAAGUUGACUGGGGAUAGUUUCUGUCUAUUCUCCUCACUGAAUUCUUUGUUUUCGGAUUUUAAUGUAUUUCCUUGUAGCUUCUACAGAAGUAAUAUUGCAUGCUACGGUAUCAUAUCAGGAUCGAAAAUAUCACACCGCCAUGGCCCAUCUCCGUCUAUUACUGCUGUUCAAAAAACAACUCGCAAGCUCCGG